AUGAUUGCAUUUAUUCGAGUCUAUCAGUCAAAUGGAAAUGGGGCUCCGGACAACGAUUGUAUUGCCAACAUCUACAAUGCCAUUAAUGAAGGGAUGGGUGUUGAGAUUUACGUGGAACCACAGCCUUGUGGCACAAAAUCCGGAAAUGAUCAAUUUAGGGAAGUGUACAAUUUCUUAACAACAAAAAAUAUUGCUGUAAAAACUAUUUGGAUUAAGAUAACAUCACCAAUCACUUGGCCCAAUAAUCAAAAGAAUAAUAUUGAUUUUAUCAAUGGAUUUAUUGUUGAAGCUUGGAAAAAUGGUGUAAUAACAGGUGUUUAUACUAAUUGGUAUGAUUGGCAACAGAUAACAGAUAAUGGACAGAUAACAUACAAUCAAGGACAAAUUCCUCUUUGGUAUUGGAAUGUGAUUGGUUCAGGUUUAGACGCCGCUACGUCACCAACAUUCGAUGAUUUUCGAUCUUUUGGCGGAUUCAGUGCACCAAUGGUGAAACAGUAUGCUCAAAAUAUAUGUUUCUGCGGAAUAUGCACUUCCUUAAAUGUCUUUGUCAAUAAAACAAUAACGAAAACUUUGCCGGCUAAUAUGAUACUUGAAAUGGCUAAUGUCACGGUUGGCAACCUUUCUUGGAUGUCACCAAUAAUGGCUAAAUCUUCGAAGAAGCAAAGAAAAAAUAAAAAACUCAUAGAAAAAGCAGUAAAUAACCGAAAAAAGAUAUUAUCGCUUGUAUAUUAA